AUGGUCAUUACUCGGUGGGAACCGGGUUUACAACUUGAAGGAACUUGGCGGGUAUUUAAGGCAUUGGUUUGCCGGAACAGUUCAGACUUCCCUCUGCUGUCUUGUGUGAAGGUAGGUUCAAUUAGAUUUAUGAUUUCAUUCAUUUGGAACAGUUGGGUCUUCUUUUAUUGAAGAAAGGAAAAAAACUUCGCUGAUGAUUGUUCAUUUCCAGGAUGUCGCACAAAACAAUCGUCUCCUUGGCCUGUGUUGCCUCGGCCACGGCGAUUGUGGUGUCCCUAGUGUGCGCCGCAAUGAUCUUCAACGACAUUAA